UAACCACGUUUUUAGUAGAAACAACACUCCACCGAUCAUCGGCGAUUCCUCCCGUCAACCAUGGCUUCCCUAUCCUUCCUCUCUUGCCGUCCUACCUCCUCCUUACUCCGCCGCCACCACCACCACCACCAUCACAAUGCCGCCAUCACUAACCCUACACACCUUCCCGCCAUCACUUCUCCUCGAUUUCUGACCAUUAAAGCCUUCUCUGCUCCAUCCCCCGUCCAACCACUAACCCAAGACGAUCUCAAAAAACUCGCCGCCGACAAGGCCGUAGAAUACGUCACCUCCGGCAUGGUUCUCGGACUCGGCACCGGUUCCACCGCCGCAUUUGUCGUCUCCAAAAUCGGUGAACUCCUCGCCUCCGGCCAACUUAAAGACAUCGUCGGCGUACCCACUUCGAAAAGAACCCAAGAACAAGCGGCAUCGCUGGGAAUCCCUUUAUCGAUUCUCGACGAUCACCCGAAGCUCGAUCUUGCAAUCGACGGUGCAGAUGAAGUUGACCCAGAUCUCAAUUUGGUCAAAGGCCGCGGCGGCGCUCUCCUCCGUGAGAAGAUGGUGGAGGCGGCUUCCGAUAAGUUUGUGGUGGUUGUGGAUGAUUCGAAGCUUGUUUCUGGUUUAGGUGGAAGUGGGUUAGCAAUGCCGGUGGAGGUUGUGCAGUUUUGUUGGAAGUAUAAUCUGGUUAGGCUUCAAGAUUUGUUUAAAGGUGAAGGUUGUGAUGCAAAGUUGAGAUUGGAUGGAGAUGGGAAGCCUUACGUUACUGAUAAUAUGAAUUACAUUGUGGAUUUGUAUUUCAAGACACCAAUUAAGGAUGCAUGGGCUGCUGGUAAGGAGAUUUCAUCGUUUGAAGGAGUGGUGGAACAUGGGUUGUUUCUGGAUAUGACCACCGCGGUCAUUAUCGCCGGAAAAGAUGGAGUUAGUGUGAAGAGCAAGUGAAUUGAGGAAUUGAUUUGAUUGAUGGGCAUUCGACUUCAAACAAUCGGCUUGAUCGGGUGAGUCCAAAACAAUGUUGAGAUGUUACCAUUCUUUUUGGGUGUGAAGGUUAAUUCUUAUCUAAUGAAAAUAUGUCAUAUACUCAUCUUUGAAUCUUGAUGUAUUAGAUUGUACAAUAACAUGAAGAUCUCUUUUGUAACUCAUAUCUUGAAUCUUGAUCAAGUGUACAUGUUUAUAGCUCCA